CUCAGACCUUGCCCUGCUGAGCUGCAACAACUCUGACUCUGAAGCCUCUGGACACGGCACUGACCGCUCCAGGGACCCCACACUCUGCAGCUUGUCCCUCAGCCCCAGCCGUGCCCUCGGAGCCGCAGCCAUGCGUGUAGCCGUCAUCGGGGCCGGGGUGAUCGGGCUCUCCAGCGCCCUGUGCAUCCAGGAGCAGUUCCAGAGCCUGCUGCCCUCCCUGCAGCUGGAGAUCUACGCCGACCACUUCACCCCCCACACCACCAGCGACGGGGCAGCCGGGCUGUGGCAGCCCUACGUGAGUGACCGCGGCAAGCUGCAGGAGACGCUCUGGAAUAAAGAGACGUUCGAUCACCUCCUCGGGCAGCUGCACUCCCCAGCAGCCAAGGAAAUGGGACUUUUCCUCAUUUCUGGCUACAACCUGUUCAGGGAGCCACCGCCGGAUCCAUCCUGGAAGAACGUUGUCCUGGGGUUCAGGCACUUGACACCAAAAGAACUGGAACUCUUCCCUGGUUACAGCCAUGGCUGGUUCAACACGGCGCUGAUGCUGGAGGGCAGGAGUUACCUGCCCUGGCUCACCAACAGGCUGACGCAGAGGGGAGUGAAGUUUUUCCAUAAGAAAGUUGAGUCUUUCCAGGAGCUGUUCUCCCAGGGUGUGGAUGUGGUGCUGAACUGCAGUGGGAUGCGCUCAGGGGAGCUGCAGCCCGACCCAGAGCUGCAGCCUGGCCGGGGCCAGAUCAUCAGGGUGCUGGCCCCAUGGGUGAAGCAUUUCAUCAUCACUCACGACCUCAAAUCCGGGAUCUACAACUCGCCCUACGUCAUCCCAGGGAGCGAGUUCACAGUCCUGGGAGGGGUUUACCAGCACGGAAACUGGAGUGAGGAGAACAGUGCCAAGGACCACAAAUCCAUCUGGGACAGCUGCUGCCAGCUGCUGCCAGCUCUCCAGAAGGCGAAGAUCGUCGGGGAGUGGAGCGGGCUGAGACCAGCACGGCCCUCGGUGCGCCUGGAGAGGGAGAGCAUCCGGCUGGGGAAUCGCCAGGCAGAGGUGAUUCACAACUACGGGCACGGCGGCUUUGGGCUCACCAUCCACUGGGGCUGUGCCAUGGCAGCAGCUCGGCUCUUUGGGACCAUCCUGCAGGAGAAGCAGCAGCUGGGCACCCCUCCAGGAUCCCGUCUGUGAGCUCCUGCUCCUCUGGAACGUGUGACAAAAGUGGCUUAGGAAUCACAGCAGAAGGAUGGGAACAGCACA